AUGGACGAGACUCAGAAACUGCGAUUCUUUAUCUGGGCGAAUGCGGUGGGCAUUGUUGGCGAGCUUCCAUGUGACACCAAUCUGGAUCGUCCGGAAACCAGACGUGUGGUCGAGAGGAUACUGAACAAUAUUCACGAAUCCUCCAUCACAUUCACCAGCGGGUACAACAAUGUGAAGCCGCAGGCCGGUCGUGUGUUGAUGGCUGGUUGGGCCGCCGGGGUGGAAGGAGUGGCGCGUGCUCUCGCGGUGGACUUGCGGCCCAUUAGCGUCAACUGUGUCUGUCCUGGCGCCGUGCGCACAGAGUUGUUUGAUGGGUUGCCGAAGCAUUUGCUGGACCCGCUGGUGGAGAAGUAUGUUAGUAGAACUCUGAGCGGGACGAUCGGACAGCCGGAGCAGGCAGCGGAAGCGUAUCUAUAUUGCAUGCGGGAUGCUUUCGUAGAUGGGACCGUGGUGCACUCAAACGGCGGAUACUUGUUGGGAUAG